AUGUGGAAAGAAAGACUGAAAUGUCUUCAAAUGAAAAUCAAUACAAGUGAACAAACUGCUGUUUCAGAUUUGUAUGAACCUCUGAUGACAUCUAGAAAUGCUUCAACCAAAGGCCCUGGGCUCCAGAGUGAUCUUAUUUUUGAGCAAAUUGGGCACCGUAUCAAAGGUGUUGGCAGUCAACUUGUGAAAAAGGUGAAUGCUGUCUUUCAGUGGGACAUCAUGAAUGGAGGAAAGGUGGUGGCCCAGUGGACCCUGGAUUUGAAGUCUGGUUCCGGUCAGGUCUAUCCAGGAGCAUCUCACGAGCCUGCCAACACAGUUUUUAUUCUCUCUGAACAUGAUUUCAUGGAGCUCGCUUUGGGCAAGAUAAAGCCACAGAAGGCUUUUCUGUUUGGGAAAGUGAAGGUGAAGGGCAAUAUUCUACUCGGUCAGAAACUGGAGAUGAUUCUCAAAGAGUAUGCAAAGAUCUGA